AUGGCCGACCUUCCCCCCAUAUCGACGAUCCCUACCCUACCCCAGGAAGGUCAACUCCGGGUGCUAGAUACACUCUUUGAACCAUCACCAGAACUCCACCAAUUGAUGAUCCCUGUGCUAGCCAACCAAACUUUCUCUUCAUACACGGCCCUCAUUGAUGCGGUAGGGGGUCGCAUGUCUGCACUGUCAGCCCGGAAUUCCUCAACUGACCGAAACGUGCUGUUUGGCAUUCUCGGCUCGCAUCCGCGGCUGGGCCGGGCCCCAGCCAACCCGGAGCAUUUGAGUGAGCUCAGCAAGAAGGAACAAGCCCAAUUGAACGAGGGCGCAGAGGAGCAAGCGGAAAAGUUACGCGCAUUGAACGCAGAAUACGAGGAGAAGUUCCCCGGGUUGCGAUUUGUCACAUUUGUUAAUGGCCGGAGCCGGGACUUGAUCAUGAUUGAAAUGCGCGAACGGAUAGAAAGAGCUAAUGCAGAGCGUGAGAUUGAAGAGACUAUCCAGGGAAGCGACAAUCUCCAAAUCCGAGUCGCGACGACCGCGAUAACCGACAAAUCAUCCCCUCUCCGAGCUUCGACAUUUCCCGGCUCAGCUACAUCGGAUGUCGCAUCGGGAUCUAGUAAUAGUCUGCAAGAUGCCCAGCGAAAUACCCGGCGCCCACCGGCCGUUGGUGGCCCUCUCCGAGAUUCAACCUCGAAUACCGUCCACGAGACCAAAACCGAAUCAAGUGCUAUAGACCCAUUAUCACAGCACAUUAUCCAACGCACCAAUACCCAAAAGUCCAUUCCCUUGAAAUUACUGGGCAAGGCCUCAUACGAAGAAGAGGCCGUGGGCUCCGAAUACGGCCAGUCAGAACAGAGAGAUUCAUCGCCUACUUCAAAGGCCCCCAAGGAGAAGAAAAAAGGUGUAUCUUUCCUCAGUCGGAUUAUCAAAACCAAGAAAAAGGACCAGUUGUCUGAAGUAGAAGAUGAGACUUCGGAGCCUGAGGCGAGCCGCAUGUCCAUCGAAACUUCACAUCCAAUUGGAUUUAUUCCUCGGCACCUUGCUCCAUCCAAAUACCUGAAGGUUCGAGCCCACCAUAAGAAGGAAAAGACAUUCAACCGCGUGUUUCUCGCACAGGAGCUGGAGGGCGCCGGUCCACAACCCAAAGUUGCAGAUAGACGGAUAUCCACCUCGUCCGCCUUGACUCAGAAUGGCGAACAUACUGGACGAGCGGUCUGGGCUCUGGUAUUUUCCAAAGAUGGCAGAUAUCUGGCGGCUGCUGGUCAAGACCGAAAAGUCCGAGUGUGGACUGUCAUAUCUACACCGGAGGAACGCGAGGAGGCUGAUGGAGAUAACGAAGCAACACCUGUAGAUGCCAACGAUCAUCCUCGGUUGAGUGCUCCUGUUUUCCAGCAAAAGCCCAUCCGGGUUUAUGAGGGUCACACGGGGAGCAUUUUGGACUUGAGUUGGAGUAAAAACAAUUUUCUUCUUUCCUCGUCGAUGGAUAAGACAGUUCGACUUUGGCAUAUAUCUCGUCCGGAAUGUCUCUGCUGUUUCCAGCACAGUGAUUUUGUAACCUCGAUUCAGUUCCACCCGCGCGACGACCGGUUCUUCCUUGCCGGAUCUCUCGAUACGAAAUUGCGUCUGUGGAGUAUCCCAGAUAAGAGCGUGGCUUUUGUGACAGCUGUGCCUGACAUGGUUACUGCGGUGGCAUUCACCCCAGAUGGCCGAUACUCCAUUGCCGGGUGUCUCAAUGGGAUGCUCAACAUAUACGACACGGAAGGUCUCAAGGUAUCCUCUCAAAUACAUGUACGAUCGGCCCGUGGGCGCAAUGCCAAGGGUAGUAAAAUCACAGGAAUCGAUACCAUGAUGGUGCCUCGGGAUGAUCCUCAAGGAAACAUCAAGCUUUUGGUCACUAGCAAUGACUCCCGCAUUCGGAUGUAUGACUUCCGUGAUCGAUCGCUGGAGGCUAAGUUCCGCGGCAACGAGAACACCUGCAGUCAGAUUAGGGCAACUUUCACCGACGAUGGCAAGCAUAUCAUAUGUGGGAGUGAGGAUCGCAGGGCAUAUGUAUGGUCAAUUGGGUCAGUGGAAGGAGACUCCGAUAAGCGUGCCGUGGAGGUAUUCGAGACUCAGUCUGCCAUGGUGACAGCUGCCAUCACGGCACCGACCCAAACCAAACAGGCCCUGGCACUAUCCGAAGACCCGAUCUUCGACCUCUGCAAUCCACCCCCAGUAGCCCUACUGGGCCCGGAGUCAGCAGAUUCACAAAAGGAAGCAGCAUCGUCCAAAGGGAAUGGAAAUAUACACAAGCGCUCUGCAUCAGCGCCUCGCCUAUCAAUAAUCAGCAAAAUGGCCCACGAAUCACCAUCGUACCUCGCCCGGUCCAAACACCCAGACGGCGAUAUAAUAGUCAUAGCAGACUACUCUGGCAAGGUCAAAAUCCUCCGUCAAGACUGCGCAUACCACAGACGGCGUUACGAGAAUUGGAACGCGAACUCAAGCAUCUCGCGGCGAAUCCUACGGCGCACAAACUCCGGCCGCAACAGCCUAGCCUCCUCAACAGGCAAAGAAUCCACGCACAAAACGCCCUCGGAGCGCAUCAUCUCCUGGCGCAACUCCGUUGUCCGCGGCCGCUCCAGCGUAGAUGGGUCUCGCUCUGGCCUGCGAACCCGCAGCCCGUCCCCUCAACACCAUCACCGCCCCCCUACCUUCCGACUCUCCUCCUCCCGCCCAUCAAGUCUAGGCCCGCACGAAUCCCUCUCAGCGCUCACCACCUCGCCACCCUCCUCCCCGCGGGUAUCCCGCCUAGACACCACCCGACCAAGCGAAGACAUCGCCCGCGCAUCUGCAACCGCAACUGCAAAACCCACAGGCACCAAAGUCACGUCCCCAAACCGGAUCCCCGCGUCCUCGGCCGAGCUCCUGGCCAGCGGUAAGACGAAGGAUAAUCCGCUCUGGUUGCAGGGUGACCAUAGCUAUGCGUACUGGAAUAAGAUCACGCACGACGCUAUGGCGAUGCGGUCCCGCAACUCGAAUGACCUGCUUAGUCCUGAUAGCAUUCGGACGCGCGAGCGCAAGCUCAGUACUGCGGGUAGUGUCUUGAGUAGUGAUUACACUUCUUCGACUGGGGAGCCAGAGGAUGAUGUGCUGAAGUGCGAUAAUUGUCGCGGAACGAAUUUCCGCAGUGUCAAGGGGCGGGAUGGGAAGCAGAAGCUGAUUUGUUCUCAGUGUCAUCGGCCGGUUUCUUAG